AUGCCAUUAGAAACCAAAACUGACACUGCUGAAACGAACCCUCUCACAAUCUACUGCUCCGACGGCGCAGGUCAGCUAGCGGAGUUUCUAGCUAUACUACAUUCGCCAACAGGCAUUGCGCAACAGAGAUAUCUGGAGGCGAGGAGCGUCUUUCCACCUCUGCUGCUUACAAGUACUCUAGUCCGUAAUGCCCGCGACACCGCAGAACCGCCUCAGGAAAGGCAAUUGCCUGGCGAGCUUGACAUAGCAGCCAUGAUGUUUCUGUCUCUUUUGGAAAAAUACCGAUACAGAUGGAGCGCAAUACCCAUCAGAGCUUGGUGGCAAGCCAUCAUGGUUAUGCUGCGGUGCUGCAAGAAUUUGGAGAUGAUUGAUGUACCGGCGCAAUGGGGGCAUAUCAGGUGGUAUCCUGGCCCGUAUGGCGGCGCUUUUCCGUACAUUGAUCAGUCCACUAAACGGCAGGUGGAGAACUGGAGAUGGAGAUGGGGCCGGAAACCUCUAGAGUUGGAGGAAGCUGAUGAGCGGGAGAAGGACACUGGGUAG